AAAAUUGUCACUUUGGGGUUGCAGAAGCAGCGAAGCACACAGUACCCGUUUAAACAUGAGCAAACCUGAUCGUAUUAGCCAAUGGCUCCCUUCAGAUAGAAAGGUGAUCGACAAAUGGCUUGCUGGGUUACUCAAAGAACUUGAAACGAAGCACAAGGAUCAGAUUGACUUGAUUAUGAAGGAGCACCCGCCAGCCGCAGAUGAAGAUGCAGCCUCGAAAGGCCAUCCGCACAUUCACGGCCCACACCACCAUCAUGAGAUGAUCAACAAAAUGGCUCUUCAUCCUCCUGUGGCUGCACUUCGAGAUAAGAUUAUCAGUGACCCAGAAAUAAACAUGUUUUUCCAUCAAAUGUUCUGGCAACAACUAACGCUGCCAGAUAUUUCGGAAGGAAAGAAAAUCUGGUGUUGGCAAAUCAUGAUUCUUCUUAUCAACAUGAUCAUGAGAAAGGCACCCGAGUAUAACAAAACUGGUUUGGUUGGUUUUCCAAUCAACGUGAUCUUGAACUGGCCAAUGGCAACUACGGCUGGUUUUGCUGCCUUCCUGAACGACAAGGUGAAUAGAUUAUUCAAGGACAUCCUGAAUUAUUGGGGCGAAUUUUUGUCCAGCUAUGAUUCUACCUAUGUCUUGAAUAAAGACAAAGAAUCAGGUUGGUUUGGUGAAGAUGCGAUGGCAGCAAUGCCAAAUUUUGUUAAAGAAUUUGAAUGUGAUCCUACUAAACCCCACUAUGGCUACACAUCGUGGGACGAUUUCUUCGUUAGAAAGUAUCGGCCUGGAAUACGGCCAGUCGAAUCUCCUGAUGAUGACAAUGUUGUAGCGAAUGCCUGUGAGUCUGCACCCUUCAAAUUGAUAGAUAAAGUUCAACAACGAGACUGGUUUUGGGUCAAGAGACAGCAUUAUUCACUAGAUCAUUUGCUCAACAAUAAUGUGAUGGCAAGAAGGUUUUAUGGUGGAACCCUCUACCAAGCCUUCCUCAGUGCAACCAGCUACCAUCGGUGGCACAGUCCUGUCUCUGGUCACGUUGUGAAAACAGAGUUGGUCGAUGGUUCUUACUACAGCCAAACUUACAACAUUCGAGACGAUCCUGCAUCUCCCAAUGAAUCUCAGGGUUACAUCUGCCAAGUUGCUGCAAGAGGUAUCAUCUAUAUCCUGGCCGACAAUCCUGAUAUUGGUCUGAUGGUUUUUGUCUCCGUUGGGAUGUCCGAGGUCUCCACCAAUGAGAUUACCGUGAAAGAAGGUGACUACAUUAAGAAAGGAGAUGAAAUUGGAAUGUUCCAUUUUGGUGGCUCAACCCAUUGCCUCAUUUUCCAGCCGUGGGUGAAUGUUUCGUUUGAUUUACGUGAUCAAAAGCCUGGCACACAUAAAGAUCUGUUCAAUAUUCCAGUACGAUCAAGAAUAGCAGUUAUUUCUAAACCGAAGGGUAAAGGAGGCAAAUGACAUUGUCAUUCAUACUUGACUUUUUCUCUUUCAUUAUUUGCUGCUUGGUAAUUUUUUAUAACCAUACUUAAGGGGUGUUGUAGGGUGUUUGUUUAGCAUUUGUUUAACGUUAGCAUUAUACACGGUAAUUAGAAAUGGGCUUAAUUUUGCUUUUUCUGCAUGAUUUCAAUGAUCGCAUUGUUGUAAAAUCUGGCAAUUGCAGGGAUGAAAACCGCAUUAAAGGUUUGGGAAUGAAUGUUCCUUAUUUGA